CCUCACCUGGCCCAGCUCUGUCAGCUGAAGUGAACAGGACCAUGUCGGGAUCAGACGGUUUUCCAGCCAGUUAUUAUGGUGAGCCCGGAGUCUUGGGAAUGCUGUCCAACGGGAUCAGCGCUUUCCUCGUGCUCCUGCAGAACUUCAACACGGCCAGAACAGGAACAUCACCGUCCGGGCUGGAGAACGUGCUCGCAGGUCUUCAGCUGAUCAUCAUCGGGGGCGUCUGUCAGCUCGUGGCCGGUCUGCUUUCCUUCCGUAAAUAUGACCAUCUCAGUGGCACGGCGUUCAUCGGGUACAGCGCCCUCUGGAGCAGCUACGGCGCUACUAAAAUCUACUUUGGCGCUGUGACUCCGCCCCCUCACGACCACAAUUUACUCAACAACUCAACCUCGUUCUUUCAGCUCAGUUAUGCGAACCGUUACUACGAAGAAUCCGCCAUCUCCGGUCUCGUCGCUUACAUCAUCCUGUCCUUUGUUCUCGCCUUUUGCUCCGCCACGGUGAACUACAUCAUGCCGUUCGUUUUCGGCGCGAUCACGUUCACGCUCAUUUUCGAAGCCCUCGGUCUCGUUUUCAGCUCCUGGGCCUUGAUCGUCUCUGGCGUCCUUGAGCUGCUCAUUUUGAUCUUUGCGAUUUACGGUUCCGCGGCGCUGCUUCUGAAAGGCCUGACCCAGCGACUCGUCCUGAAAGGUUUCGGCACGCCGCUUUUUAACGUCCUUUUAUUGGGCACGGCCAACUCCGCCAGAGCUCAGAAGAUUGGUGAGGAAAAGAAGAAAAACACAAAAUACGCCGAACCGAUGGCGUUAGGAUUUUUCUGCGAUACCGUUUCCCCUUUUAUCUUUAUAUUCUACAGUUUCGGGUAUUUUGUAAGUUUUGAUCUGGCGGUUACGUGGGUCACGAUAAUCUCAGUCGCUCAGCUUUUCUCAAGUUAUUACGCCAAUCUACGCCAAGACUCGUACCACACUACCAAAUUCGGGCUACACGCAACGUACUGGGCUAUCAAGGCGUGGGACGAGUUCGCGGUAUCUUCAGCGGACGCGUCUACGGGCAGAGAAGCGAUGACCGGCGAUUGGUUCGUUAUUCUCGCCUCUUUGGUGGUUUGCGCUGGAAGUUUGAACGCAGACUGGCUCGAACUGGUUCACAAUCUGCUCUUUUUACUGGUGACGAUCUCGACCAUCCCUCAGAUCCGGUUUCAGGACUACUACGUGUUUUUCGGCGUAUCUUGUUGUCUUUUUACCGCCGUCUCUCUUUACGGGACCUUCGCGCGGUUAAUCAACACCAUCGCCGAGAAGUCGCUCAUCCCCGUAGGACCGCAGCCAGUGUCUGCCAAACGUUUGACCGACGCUUUCAAAUGCCGGAAGAACGAGGGAACGUCAGAGAGUCGGAGUGACCCCUGCCACGCAUCUGACGCGCUCUUCUACCUCGUAAACGGCAUCGCAAGUUUCUCAGCUCUUCAUUCGAGGAUGGCGGCCGAAGAUCCCGUCUUUAACCGCCUCACGGUCCCUUGGGUCCUCAUCCCGGGAGCGGUGGUCCAAGCUUACAUCAGCCGCUUACAGAUAAACAACGGGCGGUUUGGGUCGGUCAUCUGUUCCGUUUACGUCGCCGUGUGGGCUGCGUGGACGUGGUUUCGGUUUAUAGUUUCAGAAAAAAAUUCGCAAGAGGCCUACGGAUUCACAGCAGGAGCCAUCGCGCUUUUGGUCGCCAACGUGUUUCUUAUUCUAAUUGCUGCCUAUAAGAACCUGGUGCUGCUGAUUACGACGAUCGUGAUGGAGCUAGCGCUGGUCUGUUUCCUGCUUUCCACCGUCCAGAGUCUUCCAUAUGAACUAGAAAUCGCCGUACUUGCCGUUUUGUGCGUCGUCUGUGUGUACGGGGCUCUGGCGUCUUUGACUAACUGCGGCGUCCCUCUUGGUCCCGCGUUAUUAAAGCUGAAACAGGAGACCCCCCCGGACCCCCCGUGUCCCCUGGCGGACUCCAGACUCACUAGCGGGCUGCUGAAGAUCGCGGCGCUUCUGGAGGACGGCGGGGUGUGCGGUAUUCCUACGGACACGGUGUACGCUCUGGCGGCGUCCUGCAAAAACCCAGAAGCCAUCGAGAAAAUCUACAAUAUUAAAGACAGACCAGCAGAGAAGCCCAUCUGUAUCUGCAUCUCCACCGUGGAGCAGCUGGUGGCGGCGGCGCCUCCCUUCAGCGAGCUGCUCUGGGAGUUCAUGAGGAGCGUGUAUCCAGGAGGCGUCAGCUGCAUCGUCAGGAAAGGAGAAUGGCUUUUUAAACUCGGGGUGGGACCGGCCUAUGAGCGAGUGGGAACCAAAGACAGCAUCAUGAUCCGAGUCCCUGACCACACGGCCACGGGACAUCUGUGUGACAUCACCGGGCCCCUCGCCAUCACCUCGGCCAAUCCCAGCGGAGAGAUGGACAGCACCCACCACGACAUGGUCAUCAGUCGACUGGGGCAUAAGCUGCAGGGCGUCCUGUGCGACGGAGAGUCCAACGAGACGGUCGCCUCCACCGUCGUCAACUGUCUGAACAUAGAUGAAGGAUCCAUCAGCAUCGUGAGAGAAGGUUGUGUCCCUGCGGCCAAAGUCCUGCAGAUCUUUGAGAGGAUCAAAACCAACGUGGUGUGAAGAGUCUGAAUGUUUUAUGUCAUUAUCAUUCAUUUAAUAUUUAUACUUUACUCCUACACCACUGCGUCUCAGGCACUUUAGUUGUAAAUAUGUAUUUAUUUGACUCAAUGUUGUUGUAUGUUUUAAAAUAUGUAAA